UAUCUAUAAGGAUGAAUUAUUCGACAUAUUUCAAGAUUACAGCCACAACUUUCUCUUUUACCCUUUCUAUUUUGUUCGGAAUCAGAUUGACAUCGGUUUUCGCUUGUUCUGGCGACGAGUGCCGCAUCAUUAUGUUCGAGGAGCUGAAACCACAGAGGGCAAUAAAGGGGCACGUGAUUAGAAGUGAAGAGGUAGUUAAUGAGGGGUUCUGCCGGACGAUGUGUUAUAUGGAGCCUAAUUGUGUCUCCAUCAAUGUGAAACCUUUACAAGGAGGAAAAUACAAUUGCGAAUUGAAUAACGCCACAGCUGAUGAAAGCCAACUGGUCUUCCUUGAGCCGGAAACUUUUAAUGCUUACUACUUGGCUGUUGAGAAUCCAUGCAGUAGCAGCCCUUGUUUAAAUGACGGAACUUGUCAAGUUGGUUUCACUAGUAAAGGCUUUCGCUGCCUCUGUGUUCCUGGGUAUGCCGGAGCAAAUUGCAGUGUGCCACCAAAGUCCUGCACCCAUUUAAAAAAGCUCCAUCGUGAAGCAAAAAGUGGACUAUACAUGAUUGAUCCAGACAGUGAAGGUGAAUUGCUGCCUUAUAAGGUCAUGUGUAACAUGACUGACAAAAACGGAGUUGGCGUGACUGUCAUAAGUCACGACAGCGAAAACAGAACACUGGUGAAAGGAUGCGAAAAUGCAGGCUGUUACUCGCGCAACAUUACCUAUACAGGAGCGAGCCUCUUUCAGCUUAAAAGUCUGACUGCUGUUUCCCUUCACUGCGAGCAGUUCGUUGAGUAUGAGUGCUACCAUUCUAGGGUGAAGAGGUUCGCCUGGUGGUUGUCACGUGAUUCGAAGAAAAUGACCUACUGGGGAGGUGGAAAACCUGGUCGUGAUGUCAGUUAUGAUGGAUUAACAUGCGCAUGCGGGAUAAAAAAGACAUGUGCUAGAGCGGGCUAUCGUUGUAACUGUGAUGCGAAUGAUCGACAAUUGCGUGAAGACAGUGGUUUCCUCUCUGACAAGACCGAUCUGCCAGUCAAGCAGCUAAGGUUUGGAGAUACGGGUCAAAACAACGAGCAUGGCUACCAUACCUUGGGAAAGCUGAAGUGCUAUGGAACUGCUUAA